AUGAAUUUUCAUUCUUAUUUGUCACUCAAACCUAUAAUAAUUCUUAUAAUUGUACAUUAAAUGCUCAGUUUUUUUAGAAUUGUUUUGGCUGAUGGGACUUGCUCUUAAACAGGUUGCAUUUCAUGUCCUCAUGGAUAAGAAGCUUGUUAUUAGUGUACUACGAGUUUUGUAUUAAUAAACUAUAAUUGCUUACCUAUCGCAGCUUAAUCUGUAAUCUCCUACUUUGCAGUCCAAGAUGGAAAAGGAUAGCUGGUUUAGUACUCUGAAAUUUGCCCCGAAGAAACAAGUUACAUCGAUGACUCAGUAACUCCAUCUCUUUGCAUUCCAUGUCCUAGUUAAUGUGAUGGUUGCUUUCUACAUGGAUCCAGAAAAGUGUAAUGCUGGGACUGUGCUUAGGGAUAUUAUAUGUAAAAUUCAUUAAAUUAUUAAGAAGCAGACAGAUAUAGUUCUUCAUGGAAUCCAACUUGUGUUCAAAUAAAUUAAGCACAAACGUUAAAUUUAGUAAUCACAAUCACUACUACAGUUUAAAACGCUGAGCUUUAAUCAAUUCCUAAUUACAAUUGUGCUAGUCAAUCUUUAACUUUUGGCAGUUUCUUCACUGCACUAUUAUUUGUUGAAAAUGUGUGCUCUCAAAAGUAUAGCUAAGGACAACUUACAUUUACCUUUUAGAACGGUAAUCAUUUUAUUAUGAUAGAUAAUGUUGCCUACUCUGGUAAAGAAACUGAUCCUGACUUUGUUUUCGAAUUUUUCAGAAAUUCUAAUUAUGAUAUAACUAUCAAUUCUGCUUCAAGUAAAAACUAGGUGAUUCUAUACUGGAGAACUGAAAAAAUUAGAUUUUAUAUCUUUGGUACUUUGAAUUUAUCAGGAGUUACAAUUGAUGGAAGUGAAAACAAACUUUAUUCUAAUUUGAGUGAUCCAUCUAAAUGCUUCACAUAAAGAAACUUAUGCUGCAAUGGAGCUACACCUCAAAAUUAUGUAUGUAAUAAUGGUCCAAAAAGAUAAUAUAGAGCGACUGGAAAAACUUAUCAGCCUGAUGCUGUUGGUAUGGGUUUAUUUAAUUUUAUGUCUUCUAAAAGAUACACAGAUACUGUCAUACCUUCUAUAACAAUUAAUGCUGUUGAUGUACGCAAUAUGAUGAUGUUUUAUCCAGACGGUAUAAGAUAUUUCAUAAAAAUCCAUUCUAACUAUGGUUUUAUCAGCUUAAGUAAUGUUAAUGUAGAUAAAUAUUAUUUCACUGGAGGUUUAAUCUCUAAUUAUAGAUAUGUAUAACCUAAAAGAGAAUCUUAUAGUUAUAUCGAUUAAGACAUUGGAUUAUAAAGGAGAACUGAUUGUAGGAUGCAAGUUGCAAAUUUAAAAUAGGGGACUUUUUGUCUUCUCAUAUAUUUAACAUCUUCAACUUUUCAAAACUAUAACUAUGAAAAAUAUACACGUUUAUUUUUAGAUUAUACUGAUAAUCCAAAAUUUAUAGAGAGUUAUACCCUACAUCUGUUUUCCACUUUAGCUUCAGUUAAUAUCUCGUAAAGUAAAUUCCUUAAUGCAAUGGUAUCUUCAACUAUGGUUGAUGCUGACAAAGAAUUUUUUAUAAGUUCUUAGGUUAUGUAGUGCAAAAAUAGUUAUGAUUAAAGCUCAGAAAGUGACUUAUUAAAGUCAUCUUAUCUUAAAACAAAUCCCAAUCAGCACUUUGAUUAGGAUAAAAUCUCUUAACACACUUAAAUGCUUGGUUCGCACAUCGUUUGGUAAUACAUUAAAGGAAAAUUAUUAAUGGAUACUAAUACAUUCGAUUCGAAUAUAGGCUACUAAAAUCCUGCUAUUUCAAUGAUGGGUUAUUCCUAAUAUAUGGGAGCAAGUUUAUAAACCUCAUAUAUAAUACUUGAUUCAAAUGGUAACUUUGCUUAUGUAGCAAAUGCUGUUAUAUUUAUACAAAAUAGUAUAUUUACCAAUAAUUUUGCGUUUGUUGCAAACAGCGUAAUGUCUUUUUACUAAAAUUAAAAUUCUAAGCCUUUUAAUACUGGCUAUAUGAGUUGUAUGGGAAUGAAGUUUCUAUCUAAUACAUUUUAGAAUAAUUUAGGGUGUCCUACAAGCUAUUUUGUUGUUAGUAUAAAUUGCAGAUUCUAAACUUUAACUUCAUCAUUUGCUAAUAAUUGGUACUAAGAACUUAAUCCAACAAAUACUUAGUAAGAAAAUAAUGAUCUUCUCACAUAAGUUGUAUUUAGGUCUAAUAAAUUCAUACAAAAUUAUGCAAUUAUAUCAAAUAGUCUUUUUAUAACUGGUGCUAGAGAUAUUAACAUUGACUAAAAUACUUUUGAUAGUAAUGGAGUAUUGAUAGAUUAAACCAAAGGCUAGAUUAACACUAAUAACAACCCUUACAUUAAUAUAGUAAAUUACAAUAAGGCUACUUAUCCAUACUUUAAUACUAAUUGGAUGACUGAAUCAUCAGCUUUAUUCUUGCAAUAUCCUGUUUCAACUUUUAUAACAAACAACAUAUUCACUCAGAAUUGGGCCUUAUCUAGUGGUGAUAGUUAUAUUGGUUAAUCAGUUAUGCUUCAUAAAAUAGUUUCUGUUACUGAUGUUAAAAUUUACAAUAAUUAAUUUUUAAACCACAACGGACUACCUUCAAGUUUUAUUACUCAAGGCUCUUAAAUAGGAUAAGCUUACUCAACUCUGCCAAUAAUUUCAGUGAAUUUGUAUACAAAUUACCAUCUUGCUAAAUCAAUUAGUGUUGCUAUACAAAUUGAUUUCUAUUAGAAUACUUUUGCAAACAACUAAUACAAAAUUAAUACUAAUAAUGUAGAUACACAAAAUAUAAAAUAUAAAACCUACACUCUAUAUUCGUUAGGAGGUUUUGUUCAGCUCAUAAAACUAUUUACUGAUAAUGAGGUUCUAGGUUCACAACCUGUUUCAAAUGAUUAUUUAUAUAUGAUGUAUAGUCAAGUCAAUUUCUUAAUCAGAAACUCAAAUUUCACUCAAAAUACACAUUAUAAUGGCGGUUGCCUAAUUGAAGUUUCAGGACUAAAUUAACUAUAAGGGUACGGCAAUACAUUUUCAAGUAAUAACAAUGACUUCUAAUCAGCGAUAAAUAAUUAAAUUGGAGGAAUGAUUUGCAUGCUUCAAAGUAGCCCUGUAACUCUAGCUAACACUACAAAUAAUGAACCUAUUCUUAAUCUUAUGCAAUCAACAGUUACAGGUGACAAAGGAAUUCAUGUUUAAAACUAGCUAGUCGGUUCUUACAUUGAAAUAGGAGACAUGAAUUUUAUUGGGUUCUAAUCAUCGAAUUCAAUUUUAAUUUCAUCAGAUUCAGGCUAGGUAAAUAUGGAAGGUAACUUAUUUAACAGUUCAGUAGCAAUAAAUGGAUUGAUGAGCUUUAAAAGAGUAGGAAAACUUAUUCUUCAAGAUUUACAAGUUUUAUAAUCGUUCCCUUACACAAUAUAUCUUGAGAGCGCAUACAAUUAUUAGCUGAAUGGAUUAACAAUUUAAAAUAAUAAUUUGAAUUUAUUCUCUAGUUACAUCUUAUCUAAAAUGAACUAAUAGGAUUAUACAAAUUUGAUAAACAGUGGAGUACAGGUUUUGUAUUUAUACAGAUCAAGAGGUAUAAUGCUCAACAGUAAUUUUAAUAAUAAUUUAGUUUCAAGUGCUUCUGUAGCCUUAUUAAGAGAUAACAGUUUACUCACAGCUACAAAUCUAAAUGUUACAAAUAACCUUGCUUAAAAUAUUGGAAGUAAUUUUUAUGUCACAGAUACUUCAGUUCUCAAUUUAGUUCUCUCCAAUUUCUAGAAUAACACUUCUUUGCUAAACGGAGGAUGUUUCUUUAUAUAAAACUCUUAUUUUAGCAUUAGUUAAACAAAUGUUUCAUUUUGUUAAUCAAAAUAAAAUGCUGGAGUUGGAAGAAUAGAGCAGUCUAUUGUAGAUAUUAGCAACUCAACAUUUUAAAAUAACACUGCUCUUCAAGAAGCAAGUUUGUUAUAUUCAAUUAGUUCAGACAUAAAUAUCAAGUUUUCAAAAUUUUUCAAUAACUCAGCUAAUUCGUGUGGUAUUAUAGCAAGUACUGUAAAUCUUUUCAUCCUUGGUUCCAAUUUUACUGGGAAUAGUGCAAAUAUAAAAACAAAGAAUAUAUAUGCCACAUAAUCAACUCUUUAACUAUAAGACUCUUUUUUCAAUGAUACUCAGCCAAUCAAUCAGGUUUCAGGGGCAUUCAUUUAGUUAUUUAAAAGUACAGGCUAAAUAUCUUCAUCUCAAUUCUAUAAUGGUUAAUCAAACUAUGGUGGAGCAAUUAUGGUUGAGGCUUUUUCUGAUGUUCAAGUAGAUUCUUGCUUAUUUAAUAAUAAUUAUGCUGUCUAGUCUGGUGGAGCUAUAGCAAGCUCUAGUUAUUUAUCAGUAUCUAAUAGUAACUUUACUUUAAAUUAAGCCUCUCUUAAUGGAAAUGAUGUAUUCAUAAAAUGCUAAGAUGAUUUUCUAGUCACAAAUGUAAGAGUCAACGCUUCAUUGGGUAUCAGCUUGUAUGUUUGGGCUAGAUCAUUUUAAGCUUACUAGCUUAACAUAACUGGUAACUCUUCCCUAAUUUAAUAAAAUUAACUAAACUAAAUGAAAGGUGUGUACUUAUUUUAAACUCCAUCAUCUAUAGUAUAAGAUAGUUAUUUCUCUAAUCUAUUCUCGAUAAAAGGGUCUGCACUCAAUAUAGUAAACUUGCUAAACUAACAAGUAAUGAAGACACAAAUAAUCAAUACUGUUUUUACAACAAACUAAGCACAAUAAGGAGGAGCUCUUAAAAUAGAUGGGUUGACAAAUACUUAUAUCAUAGAUACUAAUUUCUACAACAAUAUAGCCUAUUAUUUUAAUGACACUAUAGGAACUGGUAAUGGAGGAGGCAUACAUUAUUCAUGUCCUCUUACCUUCAGUUACUGCUCCUUGUAAAUUGUUAGAUGUAGUUUUAUCGAUAAUUAAGCUGAAAUGGAUGGAGGUGCUAUCAAAUUUGAUUAAUCAGAGGUCUCAAUUGAUUUUUAAACAUAAUUUGCUAAUAACUACGCCAUAUAUGGACCUGACAAAGCAUCUUAUCCUAUACAUCUCUAUAAAACUAACAGUACCAACUAAUCAGCAAUUUCUGAUUUUUAGAAUCCAAAUGCUUUUUCUUCUGGAUUUCAAAAAUUAGUAGAAGAUUCUUAUAACUUUGAAGCAGAAGUAUCUGGCUAGAAAUUCGAAAUAUAUUAUGCUCUUGUUGAUCAUUAUGGAAACAUUGUCCUAACUGCUAAUUCAUCUUACGCCAGAUUUUCUACAUUCUCAUCGGGAGUAUAUUUGGAGAGUGGAAAUCAAGUUUCUAAAAAUGGUUAUUUUAACUUUACAGACUUUGUCGUUACAAUAAAUCCAGGAGAUACUUUACAGAUGAUGAUAGAAACGGAUUCUAUUCCAGAUGAAUGGUUAGAAAAAGCUCGUAAUUUACAGCUUAAGUCUUAGCGUCUGCGCUAAUUAUAGUAAGGAUAGUCUUUAGAUUUAUUAAACUUAAAUAACUCAAAAGGAACAGUCCCAGUAUAUGCUUAAUUCCGUAAAUGUAAAAUUGGAGAGAUUUAAGAUUCUAAUAAAUGUGUACCUUGUAGUUAUAACAAAUACUCCAAUGUUGCUAAUAUUACUGAAGGUUCAGUCUAAUGCAAAGAAUGUUUAUAGAAUUCAUUUUGUGAAGGACUCAAUAAUGUAGCUCCUCUUUCAGGGUUUUGGAGAUUGACAGAUAUAAGCGAAAAUUUUAUGUAAUGCCCUAAUGCAUAAGCCUGCUUAGGUGGAGUAGUUGAUGGAGAAAUAAAUUCAAAUACUGGUUCUUGUGAAGUUGGUUAUGAAGGAAAUCUUUGUUUAGCAUGCUCUGAUGGUUAUGCUAGAUAUGGAUAAUCUGAAUGUGUAAUUUGUUAAAAUAAUAUUCUGUACAACGUUAGAGCCAUCGUGACAAUAAUAAUUACUUUAGGAAUGAUUUCUCUUGGUAUUAAAAACUAAUUGGAUAAUUAAGGUUCAUAAAAAGAUUACUCAAUUUGUUUGAUUAAAAUAUUUGGAAACUUCACUUAAACUAUUAGUAUUAUUUCUCUAUUUUAGUUGUAAUGGCCUUCUUCUGUUGGUUCUGUGGCUAGUAUCAACAAUUAAUACCUUGCAGCACCAUUACAAGUUUUCUCUAUGGAUUGCUAUUUCAGAGGAUUUGGAGUUAGUACUUCUUUGGUAAGAGUAUUUAUUACUAUUGUUACUCCUUUGGUUGUUAUGCUUUCAUCAAUCGUUUUCUUCUGCAUUUAUUAUUCGAUAAAAGUAGGAAUAAAGCUCUAUACAGAUAAAGAUUAUCAAAAAAAACUUAAAAAUGCAAUCAUCAUCACCCAGCUAGUCAUUAUUUUUGUAUUUCAUCCUCAAAUUGUCACAGCUUCGUUUUCUCUAUUCUAAUGCUAAUAAUUAGGAGAUAAUGCAAAUCCUUAAAAGUUUUCACAAAUAGAGCCUCAGCUUAAGUGUUUUGAAGGCGAGCACUUAAAUUGGGUUAAAUAUCUUGGUAUACCUUCUCUAGUACUAUGGGUUUUUAUUAUUCCCUUAAUCAUGGCUUUAGCAUUGUGGAAGUAUAAAGAUAUAAUAGAUAGACCUGAUAUUGUUGCCACUUAUGGAUUUAUUACAAAAGGUUACAGAGCAGAGUUUUUCUUUUGGGAAAUUGUUAUUAUGUAUAGAAAAUCUAUACUAGUCAUUGGAAGCAUAUUUUGGAAGUUAGAUCCUUUCCUAACAGGUCUAAAUAUAUUACUCUAUCUUUUCUUUUGGCUAAUAAUUUAAUAAAAAUUCUAACCUUUCUUAACUGGCUAACUAAAUAAAGUGGAAGAAUACUCUUUACUCACAUCUGUAUUCUUCAUCUACUUUUCUCUUUACUUUAUUGUUGACCAACAUGGAUCAGUGAUUAGUAUUUUGAUGAUAAUUUUGCUUAUGGUUACUUAUAUUGGAUAUUAUGCAUAUUUUGGCUUGGUUUAUUCUAAAUAAAAGAUAAUUGAAGUCACAGAAACUAUUACAAACCUUUCUUAAGAAGUCAAACAUCCAUUUUUAGUAGUUGUAUUUGGCAGAUUAGCAGAGAUAAAAAUUUUAUCAUGUGCUAAAAAUUGGUUUUUAGAGCAAAAAGAACUUGUUCAAGCUGCUAUUUUAAGAUAAAAAGUCCAGCAAGAUGAAAAACUAAACAAAGAAAUCUAAAAUUGCAGUAAUUAGCAUGUAGUUAAGGAUUAAAUAAAGGAAGUAGUUUAAUAGUAGUCAAUAAGUUAAAUUAGCCAAUAAGAUGUCUUUUUGUAAAUAAAAAAGAAAAAUAAGGAGCUAUUUUAAGCAGCUUAAAAAUUCACUGAUAUCCUAUUAAAAAAGAAUGAAAAAAUAUAAAUUAAUGAUAAGUUAAAAAAUUUGGCAAAGAAGGUAAGGCAAAAAAAAGAAGAUCAUGAUGACAUGAUACCUCUUAAUUAAGACUUUUAAAAUGCAAAAGAAAUUACAAUAUAAGAGGAAUAAAAUUCUUUUGAAGAUGAAGGAAAUAUAAAUAUUUGA